AUGACUGCUUUGCCCGUGCUGAGGAGGCGUUUGCAGCUGGUGGGGGUUACGGCCAUGUUCGUGGCGGCCAAGUUUGAGGAAAUUGACCCGCCGCGUGCCACGGACUUCGUUUACAUAACAGACAACACCUACUCCAAGGAUGACCUCUUGCAAAUGGAGUGCACAAUGCUUUCAGCCCUAGACUUUCGAGUGGUGGUGCCAACGCCUGCCCACUUCUUCGACCAGUUCGUCAAGGUCAACAGCGAGAACGCUCUUCACACUGAGACGGUCAAGUAUAUCCUCGAGCUUGCACUCAUCGAUCUGCGGAUGAUCCGGUAUCCUCCUUCCCACCUGCUCGCAGCAGCGAUCUUGCUUAGCAACGACCUCUUCGGCAGGGCAGCUCUAUGGCCAGAUGUGAUGGUGCAGACGUGCAGACACACAGAGGAGGAGCUGCGAGGCUGCGCAGAGGAGCUGCGGUCGCUGCUGCGAGCCGCCCCAGCAGCUUCGCUGCAGGCCGUGCGGAAGAAGUACAUGCUGCAGACGCAUCAGCGCGUUGCUAGCCAUGCAGUGCUGGCCGGUGCUUAA